AUGACACCGUCACCCGCGACUCCUCAGGCCCUCGAGCCUCGUCACCCCAAACCAUCACAAACAGUUUCCGUCAAUAUCUCAGAAGGGUCCCAGAACCGUGCCCGCCGCUUCCAACUUGAGGUUAGCGAGUGCGUCGAGACUAAGACUGUUACGACCACCACUCGUCUCACGCGGAAGUUUCCUCAGGUCUUCGUUCGAGACCCUGUGCCUCUCGAAAACCUCGAUACAAAAGAAUAUCCUCUCGCCAUGAAGCCUACUCCACCAGAACUGAUCCAGUUCUCCUAUAACAUGCCAGGUGCGCAAGAAACAGACGACGAGGGCGAAGAUGAUACCAGAGACAGCCAGCAGUAUAGUAACGAGCAGUCCACCCCCAGUCGAGUUAAAGACGAGUCCUCGCAAGAUUCAACCACCCUAGUCCGGAUACCCAAGCAUCGAUCACAAUCUCCAUCAGAAGGAUGUCCUCGCCGCUCCCGAACAUCUAGAGCUGGCCCAACAGAUUCCCCAGAAUCGUCAGUACCUACAUCAAAUCCCCGACGACCUGCUCGAUCUAUCCCCCUCAACGCUGUGUCGGACAAACUCCGCCGCUCCAUUGCCCGUUGCUCAACACGACGAGAAGGUGAAAGGCCGUCUAGAGCCCAAUCUGGCUUCCUGGCUACCCCUGACACAUCAGAAGUCGUUGGCGCGGGCGACCGCUCAGCCCGCCGACGCUCGUCACACCCUGAACGACAUCACUCGUCCGAAGCAUCUUCAUCCGCUGUCAGCCCCCAUUACGAAGCCACCAGCCCUGUGGAGAGUGAUUCGCACACUGUCUUUAGCAGUAAUGUAGCUACUCCACCAAUCACCGACGCCGACGCAGAACCAUUUGCAGACCUCGAUGAAUCCCUACAACAACCACUUCGUCCCUCCAACCCCAGGCCCAGUAUCGACGUCGUUGCCGCUCAAGAUGCUAGUCUUCCUAGUCCCAGACUUUCGCCUACUUUGGCAGCUGCUCAGUUACACACUGCCGAACAUGACGAUGAGGCCCAGUCCAGCUUUCAGACAUCAAACUCUGAUCCCUCCCGAUGGAUUGAUGAAUCACAGCUAGCAGAAGAGGAUCCCUCGACUGCACUUGUCCGUGCUGGCCAUUCCCAGGAUGAUUGUGCUCUUACACGUAUCGAUGGCUCCGGUUCGCCUCAUGUCGUUGACACACAGACACUGCUCGAGGCAUUUGACUCCAUGAAGACAGAAAUGAAGACUUUCAUGAUGUACCAAUUCCUCCGCCGAUGCCCGCGACCUACUCUCCGUGUGAUAGCGAACGCCGUCAAUCCCGCACUCAAGUGUGAUUUCCUACGACAACUACCUUUGGAACUCGGAUACGCUGUCCUGGCUCAUCUCGAUCAUCAGGAUCUUUGCCGCGCUGCUCAGGUCUCUAAACACUGGCGUAACAUUGUCGACCGCAACGAGACUGGUUGGAAGGAACUGUUCGACCGCGAUGGCUACACCCUACCUCCUGGAGAACUGCAAAAGGCUAUCCUUCAAGGCUGGGGUUGGCAGGAUCCUGAGGGAGCUACUGGUUACGAAAGAGAUUUGAGCAUGCGAAACCGACUGACGUCCACUGAGCACGAGCUCACUCGAACUCUUCGACAGGAGACUGCCUCUAAAUCCCGUGCUUCCAAGCGCAAGCGGGCGCUCAAUACUUAUUCAGCUGCUGAGCGAUCGAAGCGACGUGCUGGCGCCCAGGAGGCUAUAACACGCGAAGAGAGCAGGUUGCAGCCCGAGGCCAGAAACCAUAAGUCGGAAGGGCCUUUGUCUGCCGCCAAUGCCGCUGCUACUGCUGUCCCUGACCCUCAGCUUGGACUGCCAAGUCUGCGCGAGCUUCAUCUCUACAAGUCACUUUACCGUCGUCACCACAUGAUCCGUAAGAGUUGGACCAACGGCGAGGUCAAGCCCGGUCAUGUCGCAUUUGCAGCUCACCCUCGUCACGUGAUUACGUGUCUCCAGUUCGACGAGGACAAGAUUAUCACAGGCAGCGACGAUACCCUCAUUCAUAUCUACGAUACUAAGACUGGCAAGAUUCGCAAGAAGUUAGAAGGUCAUGAGGGUGGUGUUUGGGCACUGCAGUACGAGGGCAACAUGUUGGUUUCCGGCUCAACCGAUCGAUCCGUUCGUGUCUGGGAUAUUGAGCGGGGACUCUGUCAGCAGGUCUUUUACGGACAUACUAGUACCGUCCGUUGCUUGCAAAUCUUGAUGCCUACCGAAACUGGUCGGGAUUCCAGUGGACAGGCCAUCAUGGAGCCUGAGAAGCCCCUUAUCAUAACCGGUUCCCGAGAUAGUCAGCUUAGAGUUUGGCGUCUCCCCGAGGUGGGUUCUCGUCGAUACAUCCAGACCGGCCCUCCAGCCCACGAGUCCGACUGCCCUUACUUCAUUCGAGUUCUGGCUGGACACACACAUUCUGUCCGCGCCAUCUCUGCCUAUGGAGAUACCUUGGUCAGUGGUUCUUACGACAGCACCGUCCGUGUCUGGCGCAUCAGCACUGGUGAGGCUCUUCAUGUGCUCCACGGCCACUCUCAAAAGGUGUAUUCUGUUGUCCUCGAUCACGAGCGAAACCGCUGCAUCUCGGGUUCCAUGGAUUCGUUGGUGAAGAUUUGGGAUCUCGCGACGGGCGCUUGUCUGUAUACACUCGAAGGGCAUAGUCUGCUCGUCGGUCUUCUGGACCUUCGCGACGAGCGACUAGUUUCGGCUGCUGCCGACUCGACCCUUCGCAUCUGGGAUCCAGAGAAUGGCAAGUGCCGUAAUACGCUUAUGGCGCACACUGGUGCCAUUACCUGUUUCCAGCAUGACGGACGCAAGGUCAUCAGCGGCAGCGAGAAGACUGUCAAGAUGUGGGAUGUAAAGACCGGCGAAUGUGUUCAAGACUUGUUGAGUGACCUCAGCGGUGUUUGGCAAGUCAAGUUUGACGAGAGACGAUGUGUGGCUGCUGUCCAGAGAGACCAGAUCACUUAUGUCGAGAUUCUCGACUUUGGAGCUGUCCGAGAUGGCAAGCCACCAGAGGAACUGGGAAAGCGUAUUCUUCUCAACGAACCCGAGGUUCGAGCGAUGAUUGAAGAAGAGGCAUAA